AUUACGUUAAAAUCAACGUAAUGCAUCUAAAACUGCGACAUAACAUGUCGUUUGCGGCUCUUUGAUUUAAAUGUUGUAUAUUCAAUUAUCGAUCGCCUUUAGGAUUCUAAGCGAACCCUGGAAACCCCCGUAAUCAAAUUAAACUGACGAUCGUACAGUAAGCUGUCAAAAGCUUGUUGCUUAAAUCUGUGCAGCGCUACAGUAAAGUAAUGAAGCAACGAGGUCGAAAUAACGAACUAUAAUUCUACGAACAGAGCGAUAAUUACAUGGUUUGUUAAACAGGCAUUUUGGGAGCCCUUGCCAUCUUGUUUUUGUUAACGUUACUUCACUUGGACUGCAGUGUCGUCUGUCCUAGCUGGUGCGUGAUUGCUGUUUCCUGAAGCGGUUCAUCCUUGAUGGUGAGAUCCCCAGCUUGAAGUUGGUCCGUCUACAUUGCUGGUCUUUGCUUUUUUCAAGGCCAGACUCAAUUAAGCACCCACACAGGAUACCUCAGCUGCAAGUCCUCUGCUACCACUUUGCACAACGUCAGCACCUAAGCCAUAAUAUAAGAGGACAGAGAUAAUGACCUGAGAAUGAAUGAGAAUUAAAUUCCCCUCACUUGUCUGAUAUUUAUGGGCACCAUCAUUUGUGGAAUAUACACCUGAAUGUGUCACAGAAAAACAUACAUCUGCAGUUGUUUCUUUUUGAUGGGUGAUUUCUCAGUGAUUGACCAGCCAUCUGAUCUUUCUGCUCCAGUUGAUGGAGGACUCACCAGGUUGUUUUAAAAGAGGACUUUGCACAUAGAGCCAACCUACAGCUUUUGGUGUAUUAGGCACAAUAAGAUUGACUUAAAAUAAUUUAUGAUUAUAACCUUUUGGACAUGGCGUUGAACAUGUCUUCAGUAAGAGACACAAAAUGGCUAACUCUGGAAGUCUGUCGACAGUUUCAGCGAGGAAACUGUUCACGUAGUGAUGAGGAAUGCAAAUUUGCUCAUCCACCGAAGAGCUGCCAAGUUGACAAUGGGAGAGUUGUUGCCUGCUUUGACUCCCUGAAGGGCCGAUGCUCAAGAGAAAACUGCAAGUAUCUUCAUCCACCUUCACACUUAAAAACCCAGUUGGAGAUAAAUGGGCGCAACAACCUCAUCCAGCAAAAGACAGCAGCAGCUGUGCUUGCCCAACAGAUGCAGCUCAUGAUGCCAGGACACAGCAUGCAGCCUGUGCCAACAUUUCAUGUUACACAGGGACUGGGCUCAAAUACUGGUCUUAGUUAUGGUUCAUACAUGACACCUUUGAGCCAUGGAAUGAGCCUCAUCCCAACAGACAACCUCUCCAGCACCCAGGUUCUUGUUUCUGGGAGCCCACCCGUCACGGUCCAGAGCUCCUCCUCUUCUUCUUCUUCUUCUUCUCCCUCACAGAAGCUGCAGCGUUCGGACAAACUAGAGGUGUGCCGCGAGUUUCAGCGGGGAAACUGUGCAAGAGGGGAGACAGAUUGCCGCUUCGCUCACCCCAGUGACAGCCCAAUGAUUGACACCACAGAUAACACUGUCACUGUUUGCAUGGACUACAUCAAGAGCCGCUGCUCCAGGGAGAAGUGCAAGUAUUUUCACCCGCCUGCACAAUUGCAGGCCAAAAUCAAAUCCAGUCAACAGCAAGUCAAUCACACAGCUGUCGCAGCCCAGGCUGCAGCCAUGACUCAGUCGACUGCCAAAGCAAUGAAGCGAUCCCUCGAGGCAACUGUAGACCUGGGCUAUCCCUACAGUGUACCCCUACCAAAGAGACCAGCUUUUGAGAAGAGCAACUGGGCCAGCUCUCUCCUCAGCCCUAGUUUUUUGCACUACCAACAAGCUCUAGCCAACUCACAGCUGCAGCAGCCCACUGCUGCAUUUUAUCCCACAGGUUCUUUCUUCUGCAUGGCUCCCGCUAACAGCAUUGAUCAUCCUCAAGUAAACACCAGUAACAGAAGUCAGUGCCGUGUUGCUGCUGUUAAAGACGCCAAACAGCUGCUCUGUAAAUAUUCUGUUAACACCACACACUAUCUACAACAAUCUCCAUGCUGAUAACAUCACUGAAGAAAAGGUUGUAGACAUUACUCUGAUCUCUCAUAAUAAAUUACAUAGCUCAGUUACUAGGAUUAUACUGUUAGAUAAGUGUCACAGAAGAUUAUUGUAUGCACGCACCUUUGCACCUGCAUUAACAUGCAUCCUCAGUAGUGUGCAUAAUAUCCUGGUUUCUAUUUCCUAAUCCAAUUCUGACAAAGAUCAGAGGUGCAUUUAGCCUCUUAAUCAGCUGAAAUGCAGUGCGUCUCCAGUUCACAUAUAGGAGGCUCAAAAGUAAAAAAAAGUUUUCUGAACAAAUCCAACCAGGAAGCACAUGGAAAUCAAAGAAAAACAGGCAGUGCAGGUACAGUAGUAACACCUAAUAUUAACUGAUAUUGAAACACGCUGAAAUGUUGUUCACUGACAGUUUAAAAUUAUGUAAAUAGUACAAGAGGAAGGGAUGAGCAUGAUAGAUCUAAUCUGAAAACAAUACAUGUUAAGACCAGGUGUAAAGGGGUCCUAUAUUGUUUAAAUUAUAUCCUCAACAUAUUGAGCAACAAAUUAUUUUUCCUUUCUUGAAUGUGUUAUGUAAACUAAAAUGAUUUUCACAUUGAUUGUUUUAUCUAGUGCCAGCUUUAAUUAUUUCAAACAAACUAGUAAAACACACUUAUUUUAACUUUGAACUUUGAAUUUUACAUUGUACAAAUUACGAAAGUUUCCUUUUAAAUGUUCUGAGGGUAGACCAUCUAUAUUGUAUAACCUGUCAUCCCCAGAGAACAGGAUCAGUGCUCCACCUCCUGGUGUGCCUUUGCAUUGCAUAUACAGAAUGUUUGCUGCAGAUACUUUUUUUCUUUAAGGCAGUGAAGCAACAAUGAUUCAAACAUUUAGGUUUUACCCUCUGUAUUAUAAAUUAAAAAAGAAAUCCCAAAUAUUUGGGUUAUCGGUCACAGUGAUGGUCGACUUGCUGAUGUAUCUGGAAGUGGUUUUCACUGGAGCCAGUUUCACAAAGAUAUACUUUGACUAUGGCUUAGGUCCAACUAAUCAGUCAGUUUUCAGAUGUCUGAAUUAAUAUGCUGCACAGAGAUGUCUAGUUCUUAAGUAUCUUAAGUAGGUCUAAUGGCUGACCACGUAACCACCGCAAUCCGCUCAUCAGAACAUGUUUUGAUCCAAAAGUUAGAAAGACAUUGUACUGGGAAGAUUCCCCUUCUCAUUUCUCGCUCUGCCAUAUUGUUAGAAACCGAUAAAUUAUGAGUCAUGUUUUCCUCCUUUUUGUAGAUUGGUGACACUGGUCAGCAGGUGUCACUGAUUGUUACCAUGGAAACACUGGUCAACAGGUGUCACUGAUUGUUACCAUGGAAACACUGGUCAACAGGUGUCACUGAUUGUUACUAUGGAAUUAUUUUAGAUCUAAAUUUGGCUCACAUUUUAGGCUUAACAUAAGUCUAUCUUUAUUUCUGUGAGACUGUCUAACUUGCAUCAAAGAAAUCGAAGUGCAAAAUCCGAACGGGCCUUACAUUACAGACCAGUCUAAAAUAUCUUUGUGAAACCAGCUCCUGGUUCAACAUGAACAUUUAGGAAACCAUGUUUUUAAUAAGAGCCUCCACAGCCAUUGACUCAGUAAAGGGUGUUAGAAUUACUACCACUCAAAUUCAAACUAAAGUCCCUGUAAUCCCAUCAGGGAUAAAUUGAGUAGUGUGUGAACUGUCAGUCUUAAUGUUACAGUCUGUUGUAGUACUGUAUUAUUUGAAUGUUACAAGUGCCUGAAGAAUUGUGCAGAUGAGGAUAUCCCUGCAUAUUGUAAAGGCUUUGUGUGAAAAAAUCACUCGAUUAAAUCUACUCUGCUUAAGUCGCAUUUAGAGAGAAAUGUUUUGCAAUGCUACGUCAGUGCAUUAACUCUUUCAAUUCAUUUUCACAGAGGACAUUUGUAUGAGUGUACUACGUAUAAGAGUUGAUAUCAAGCUUAAUUUCAUUUGUUUAAAUUUUAAGAUGAUUAAUGUGUGACAAUUGUUUCAAAAUUAGUUUCAUGCACAGUACAAUACUUUUAAGGAGGUAGAUGUUUGGUGAAGUUUAGUUGUGUAUGCUUGAUACCACAUUAUGCAAUUACCCAUCUUUGUUUGAAACUGACAGCAGACAGAGUGGGUAUUGUGUCUGGUUAAGUGAAAAACAAAAUCGUUUUCACUCAUAUACGUAACAUUCUCUUGAAUACUUUUCAUGUAAGUUUUUAGUUCCCUGUUUUGCAAACAGCUUGUGCAAAUAUCAACCUUUCCUUUUAAUGUUUCUGAUGUCUUUUCAAAUGACUGAUAUAAGUUUUUGGUUUUUUAUGAAAAUGUGUGUGUACAAUUCUGUGUGAUUAACUCUGACAAUCCACCAAGAGAUAUUUCAUUUGUUCACUUUUUAUUUUUUUCUUCAUUCGUUAUGAAAAGUUUGACACAUUAUUGGUUGGAAUAUAAGGAGUAUACUUAGAGUACACUACUGCAUAUUUUACUAGUUUAACAUUAGAAAAGAAGGCUUUUAAAAUGUAUUCUCUUCUAUUUUAUGAUGAAUGUAAUUUAUUAAACUGACUUUAGCUCUGCUGGAGGUUCCUCAAAGGGCCUUGAUCUGUUGUAUUAGCCUAUGAUAAGCCGUCUUGUGUCAAGGGUUUAAAUGUUGGAGCAAAAACAAAGCUUGAAACAUUUCAUCCCUGUCACUGCCUUGUCACCUGUGAGGGACAACAAACCUUUGUAUGAGCAAGGCAAUAGAAUUGCUUUUAAUGUACAAAAGUGCAUUGUACAGGCCACAUUUUAUGAAAAGUAACUUUCAUAAUAGUGUAAUAAUAGUUUGUCAUUUAAUUGUUUGGAUGUGUUGCUGAGGCAAUCUGAAGUUGCAGUGAUUAAAAACUGUAUUUUUGUAGGGGAUGCUUUUGUUUUUCCUCCUCACAAUAACACAUUAGAUUGUACUGUCAGAUAUUUGACUUUAUUAUGCCAUGGUGAAACACUGUAAGUGAUCCAGUGCAUGAGAAUAUAUUUUGAAAUGUGAAUUUUGUGUUUUAUAUGGUUUUCACUGCAUGUUAACAUCUUGCAGCAAACAUAAUCCACCCUCAGAUAAUCUGCAGUCAGGGGGUCAGCAGUUGAUGCUUCAGCGGCUGUUUGAACCUUCAUUUUCUUUUCAUAAUAUGUUUGCUUUUCAAGUUUAGGUUAUUAGAUAUAUGACAUGUGUUCCCUUAUUUAUUUUACCUGCAAAUAAAAAGGCAUAUAGCCAAAUGUAUGUUUUACACCUUUUGGCAAAAAGCUUGAAUGUCAUGGAUACACCCCCACAUGGAGGUUGUUUGAGAUUUGGGUCACCCAGUCAAAAAGAUGUGGACAGUAAGAAUGUUUGGUCUGACUGACUAAAGCACUUUCUCAACCGUCGGACUGAGAGGACAUGCUUUUUGUAAACUUUGCCUUAUCUUUAAUCUAUUCCUAAGUUUGUAUUUGUUCAGUAACUAAGAAUUUCAUUUUGUCUAAUAAAUAAAAAGCAUUUCACUGAAUUUUUUCGUUGAAAUUAUUGCUACAUGAGUUUUGAGUUUGAAGCCAAAAUGACAGUUUGUAAAAUAAACCCAAACACCAUUCUGAUAGGACUGGCUAAAUUGGUUGUUAAAUUAAAUCACAGAUCGAAAUAUGCGAAUGCCAUUUGAUUCCAUCCUGGCCUGAAUAUAAACUGUUCCUCCUUUCUUUUUAAACUUACUUGUGAACAUUAUUUUAUUUGUGCAUAAUUAAACAUUUCAUGUGGAUAGUUUUGUUCCUGUAAAUUCAAAAUUGUGUAAAAUCUAAUAUUGCAAAUAAAUAAAUGUCAAUUAAA